UGGCGCAUUACCGCGCCGCGACGGGUGUUUUCACGCGUCACCAGUGGGCGCUUCUUCCUGCGCACAAAGAGAAAAGAGCCGCGGGACGCGCACAAUGUUGAGUCUCCGCUCAGAGGCACUGCUGUCCUCCGUGCGCCUUGGCAGCGUCUCCGUGGAGGGUCGCGGAACGUCCCGUGCGCAGCGCGCCCCGUCGCCCCAGAUUGUGGAAUUUAACCGAGGCUGAGGCUGCUGUCUAGUUUGGUUCUUUUAGCGGCCGAGAGGCGCACUUGGACGGAGCAGAAUUAAGUGCGGAGCGCACCAAAACGCUGCCGGAGCACCGAGCCACCUCUCCUUUCGGCUUCCCGAAGAGACAAGAGUUGCGUUGGGGGAGAAAAAAAACAACCCAAAAUGUUAUCCUCUCACUAGAUCUAGAGACAACACGUCAAGAAGAUAUAGUGGAAUUACAACCAAAGCAGUUGAACGAAGAGGAAAACAAUUGCAUCCUAGGACAAGUGAGUACCAGAUUAAAAUUCUUGUAUUCAAGGGAGAGCAAUCCAUUCACAAGCAAUUGGAUGAGAGUCUUAUUAGCCCUCGGGAACUAAAGAUGAUGUUACCAUGGAAACAAAUUGUUCUGCUUUCAAUCACAGGAUGCCUUGCAGUCUGUACAGAGGAUGUCAUAUUUCAAGGGCCAAGAUGGAGGACGGAGCCAAGUGACCUCAUUUUACCAAUCAACUCCCAGGACCAGCAGGCUACCAUCACGUGCGAGGCGGAAGGGAGUCCUCCUCCGCAGUUCAGAUGGUCACUAAACGGAACACUCAUUGAUCUGGGGAAUGACUACCGGCGUCACAUGUCUGGGGGCAGCCUGAUCAUUAGGGAACUGGACAAGGACCAAGACACCGGACUGUACCAGUGCACGGCCUUCAACACAUGGGGCUCCGUCCUCAGCCGCAGAGCCAGUCUCCAAUUUGCAUAUCUAGAUAACUUCAAAACCCAAACAGCGAGGAGUGCUGUCAACGUCCGCGAGGGCCAAGGAGUGGUUCUGUUGUGUGGACCGCCGGCACAUUCUGGAGAGCUGGCAUUUGCAUGGAUCUUCAAUGAAUACCCGUUCUUUGUCCAACAAGACAGCCGUCGAUUUAUCUCUCAGGAGACUGGGAGUCUGUACAUCGCUAAAGUGGAGCCCUCAGAUGUAGGGAACUACACCUGUGUGGUGAACAACACCGUCACGAGGGAGAAGGUGCUCAGCUCUCCAACACCGCUGGUCCUCAGAAGUGACGGAGUAAUGGGUGAAUACGAACCUAAAAUAGAAGUUCAUUUCCCUGAUUCAGUUCCAGCUGCGAAGGACUCGGUGGUGAAACUGGAAUGCUUCGCUCUGGGAAACCCUGUCCCAGAAAUAAGCUGGAGGAGAACCAGCGGCGUCCCUUUCCCCAGCAAAGUCAAAAUGAAGAAUUCAAACGCCAUCCUUGAAAUCCCUAAUUUACAGCAGGAAGACGCGGGGACGUACGAAUGUAUGGCAGAGAAUCGGCGAGGCAAAAAUGCUGCGCGGGGUCGCAUUUCAUUCCAUGCUAAACCUCAGUGGCUCCAGACAAUGACGGACACGGCUUUGUCCAUCAAGGAAAACCUUUUCUGGGAGUGUAAGGCCAAUGGAAAGCCCAAACCAUCCUACAGCUGGUUGAAAGAUGGGGAGCAAGUGAUGGAUGAGCGCCGGUUGCAAAUCGAAAACGGGGCCCUUUCUAUAGCUGAGCUAAACGAGUCUGAUUCUGGGAUGUAUCAGUGUGUGGCUGAAAACAAACAUGGCAUUAUUUAUUCCAGUGCCCAACUAAUGGUGUUAGCUUCCGCUCCCAGUUUCUCCAAAAGUCCGCUGAGGGCCUUGCUAAAAGCUCGCUCAGGCAGCGAAGUCACUCUCGAAUGCAAGCCUCAAGCCUCGCCCCCAGCAAUUAGCCUGUGGAAGAAAGGGAAUGAGAUCCUGCAGAGAAGUGAAAGGAUUACUCUCCUUCCCAAUGGAACAUUAAAGAUCACCAAUGUCACCAGGCUGGACGCUGCCAGCUACACCUGCAUCGCUAAGAACCAGUUUGGGAUAGCGAGCACUACUGGGAGGCUGCUGGUCACUGAGCCCACCAGAAUCACCAUGAGGCCUACUAACAUGGAGAUUAUUGUUGGCGAGAGCAUCGUGCUGCCCUGCCAGAUUGCCUGCGAUCCAGCUCUGGAUGUCUCUUUCUCCUGGGCAUUCAACGGCCAGCUCAUCAACUUCCAGCGAGACAGCGAUCAUUUUGAAAGAGUGGGCGGGAGCAUAUCUGGGGAUCUGAUGAUUCGCAACAUCCAGCUGAACCACGGGGGGAAGUAUGUCUGCGCUAUUGACACCGACGUGGAGAGCCUGUCCGCGUCCGCAAUCCUGGUUGUCAAAGGUCCCCCGGGUCCUCCGGACAAGGUGUCGGUGGAGGAGAUCACAGACAGCACGGCCCAGCUUUCCUGGACUCCCGGAAGAGACAACGGCAGCCCCAUCACCGGCUACAUCCUCCAGGCCCGGACGCCUUUCACUGUAGGCUGGCAGGCAGUUGACACAGUGCCGGAGGUGGUGAAUGGGAACAUGCUGACAGCCACAGUGGUGGGUCUGAACGCCUGGGUAGAGUACGAGUUCAGGGUGGUGGCUCGCAACAUCGUCGGCCUGGGAGAGCCCAGCCCGGCCUCGGCCAAGACCAGGACGGAGGAUACCAUUCCUGAUACAGCUCCCACUGAUGUUGGAGGUGGAGGCGGCACAAAGUCUGAAUUAGUGAUAACAUGGGAGCCUGUGCCCGAGGAACUGCAGAAUGGAGAGGGCUUCGGCUACAUCAUCGCCUUCAGGCCCGUGGGCGCGGUCACGUGGACGCGGGCGGUUAUCUCCGCCACCGUCGUGUCACGCUACGUCUUUCGCAACGACACCAUCCUGCCCUUCUCGCCUUUCGACGUGAAAGUGGGGGCGUACAACGACAGAGGGGAGGGGCCCUUCAGCUCUAUCGCCACGGUGUAUUCAGCAGAGGAAGUCCCCGGUGUGGCUCCUAAGAGGGUUAGGGCUAGAAGUGUGUCUGCAGCUCAAAUUGAAGUGAUCUGGGAAGCUCUGCCUGCCAUGCCUGAACGAGUGCUUGGAUACGAGGUCGUGUACUGGGAAGACGACACCAAGCCUGACACUGUUGGCAAAGUGCGCAUAUCUGGAAACUACACGCUGGUUAACAUCACGGGGCUGAAAGCGAACACAGUGUACUACCUCUCUGUGGCUGCUUUCAAUACAGCUGGCCCCGGGCCGCAGUCGGCACCCAUCAACACCACCACAAAGAAACCACCCCCAGAUCGUGCUCCCCUCAACAUACAAUGGACCAUGAUUGGCUCCACACUCACGCUGCACUGGGAUCCUAUAAUAGCCAUGGAGACAGAGUCAAAGGUCACUGGAUAUUUGGUGCUGCUGAAGAGACAUCGCUACAACGACGUCAACACUAUCUUGACCGACAAAACCACUGUGGAGCUCAGCCUCGCCAGCAAUGACAACUAUCUCAUUCAGAUCAAGGCCAUGAGUGAGGGCGGGGAAGGCGUGGGCAGCGAAGCCAUCCACAUCCACAAAUUAAGCAUGGGAGCGCGAGGCUCAGGAGCGAGCCCCGUCAGCCCCUCGUACUUCCCCGCAGUCCUCGUCAGUGCACUGCUCUGCUCUGUCUGGUGAUGUCUAAUCAGAGCUUACAGAGUGCGCGCCCCUCCUCCUCCCUUUCCGUCCCUUCAGUCAGCCUGUCCUACGUUAACCCCCCGCUGGACUGGCACAAGGCCCGGGCUUCAGUGGCUGGACUGGGAUAGACUGGAAAGGAUUGGACUGCACCGAGCUCUUAAAGGGACCACACCGCUUCUUUUUAAAAGGACCAUCGGAUAGCGACAAGAUCAUUUGCGUGCAUGAUAUCUUUUGGUAUAUUUCUCCAGUGUCAUAAGUGCCACCAUGCUGAAGGUUUCAUUUAGAAGUUGUGAUGUUUAUAUGACUUAUCUUCUUGGUAUCUCUGCAGAUACUAAUGCCUUAAAACCCAUUUACACUCACAGUUCAUUCCAAAGUAGGUGACAGAGGCUGCUUGCUCUUAGGUUUCUUUAACUCUAUAUGAAAAUGUUUUGCAAUCAAGAUCAACUUCUCAGCAGAAACAUCACUCUAUAACCAUUGGUUGCAUCUAAUUUUAUCAUUUAAAAAUGUAUCUUAAACAAAACCAAUUCUAUUCACCAUAAAUAACAUGCGCUCCAUGUUGCAGCGUUUGCCAAAAGAAACAUCCACAGCAGACUCAAAAACUUUUUUUUACCAGCUCUUGUCAAAUAUAUGAAAGAUGCAUAGCAAAUUGAUCAACGGUGCCUCAAACUGACUUAUCUCUCGCGUUCUGAAAUAAAAUUAAGUCUGUCUGAGAGCCGAAUGCUCCGCAGCUCCGGGCUACUAUAGAAUACUCUGAUAGUUCUUGCCAUUUUGCUCUCUAUCUCAUGCUCCUCUAAAUAAUAAAUGCCUAUCACAGCCUGCAUUCUCUGUCGAGUGAAAAAGCAGGAUUGCAGAGAGCGGAGAUGUGUGGUGUUACUAUGUCAAGCAGAUCCCAUGUGUACUGUUCCUUCUCUACAUUUAGAUGACCUGUGUUCUAGAUACGUAGAUCAUAUCACAGAACAUGCACCAUCUACACCCCAAAUGACCAGCUGGCACAGUGCACAAUGGACUACAGGAAAACAGUGCCUUCACUAGAGCUCACUCAGAUUUUUUUUUACAUUUCUUUUCUUUCCUUUUUCAGAUAUACCUUAGGUGAAAUAUUCUUGUUGCAGAGGAGGCAUUGUUGGCUUUUGUUUCUUCAGAUAGACAUGAGUUACCAGGGACAGGAAACUCAGGUUGUAGAGGGCGGCCAUUAUUGGAAAGGGUACGUUGAUUCAAUUUUCAUUCAGACAAGUACACUGGAGAACCUAAGAGAAAAUGGGUUGGAAGCUUUGGGAAAGCCUCAAUGAGUUGAGAUGUAUGGUGGACAUUUAGGUCGCAGUAUUUAUGGUCUGUGGUGUAAUAAAUAUAUGACUCCAUCCGCAGCAUAAUUUAUGGGCUAUUAAGGCAUCAGAAUAAUUGAUGCCAAUACCUUGGUGAAUAGAGCUCUGACUGGAAAUGGAGCGAAAGGCAUGGCUGUCAUUUUACACCCACCCCAUCAUCAUCAUCAUGUAUUGGACACAUACCACACUGAACCGUGACAACAGCCCAUUGCAGCGUUGCUGAGGGAGCUACUUUUUGAGCCCUUUUAUCAUGUGGAUGAGUCCAUCAAAAGCCAGCCAAGGAAAAGCCGCGGUGCGAUUACUGGGGUCCUGACAAUGUUCGUGUCGACGUGGAAGGAUACAGUCAACUGAACUGCUACACAUUACUGUGCCUUUGCUGAACAUGGGGCUGUGUACUGUCAUUAGCUCGGAGGCUGCCACCGCCGCCGUCUGUAUUUUGCACUCUUUACCCUUCAACCCCACCCUAAAGUUGAAUGAAAGCACAAGGAAUUGAUGCAAGGUGACUGGAAGUCCUCACUCAGCCAUCUGGACAGGUGUGUGGACCCCAGAGGCCUCGUAAAAAAAAAAGCGGCCAACAUAAUCAGGCUGUCCUAUCUGCCCCUUGACUGGUUUCAUAAAGCUCUGUGCCCGUUGAUUAGACCGCUGCAGACCAGUCAAUGGGAUAUUGAUUUUCCCGCCCCAUUAUUACAGCUGUCACAAUUCAGCUGCUUGAUUGACUGAUGGCCGCGUCCCCCAUUGCACUCGUUCUGUUGUGUUGCAUCCGUUGAUGUUUCAGAUGCCCUCCACCACAGAAAGACUUAAAAGGCAUUUCCUUUUUUUUUGUGUUGUAUUUGGGUUGUUUUGUUUUUCGCGAAUCUUUUUGCUCAAUUUUCACAGGUUUUCACAAGUAUUUUGUAGUGUAGUGGUAGAUUGUGACUUUGAAUUGGAGCUGUGUGACCUGAAACCGAUUGGCUGGUGGAUUCUUUUGAGUAACACGUCGGAACACGACCGCUGUCGGGCUGUUCUGUAUCUUUCUUUCCAACUGCAUAACCGCCCAGUCGCACCGGGAUUUACAACAGUGAAAUGUCAUGGCGAAAUCAUAGAAUAUGCGAUUAGUUGAAUUUUACUUUGGUGAACUUUUUGGUGUUAUUACAACAGCCCACUGUCAUGACAUUGAGGAAACAGAAAGCCAGAUAAUCCCAAACAGAGCUAGCUCAUGUGGCUAAUUAGCCCUGUUGCUCCAUCCACUUUUAAUCCUCCUUUGUUGACGUAUAACCUGCUCCUCCGAAGAGCAUUGGCCUUUCAGACAAAUUACGAGACAUGUUUGAUGUCUAGCUUUUGUUUCUCUGUGCCACUUUCUGGUGUGACUGGGCCUUUAAAGUAGCUUGUGUGUGCGAUUACUUGAUCCAAGUGGUGUUAAUAUUUCCAUUGAUAUCCAAAUAAGGUAACCUCAUGGCCAAACGGCAGGCAAAUACCUUACUAAUUUACAGUGCUAAAACGUGUGGUUUCUCAGAGCUUUCUUAUUUUACAUAGUUGUAGUUCAGCCUAAUGUUUGUUUUUUGCCUCUGCUCUUGCUCACACAAGAGAAGCAUAAAACUGCUUUUUCUGGCCCUGUGCUUUAAUAAUGAAAACAAGUACAAUCUAAAGAAUGCGAGGAAAGCGAUUGGAGCCACCAGCUGAAGUUAUUUAAAUGACUUGAUCACAGAACAACAACAUAUCUUAUAUCCACGUGGUCGGUUUGGUUCGAUUUUUGUUUCUGUGGUUGUUGUUGCUAGAAAAGAGUGUGUCUGGUGCAGUGUAAAUAGCUUGCGUAUAUUUUUUAAACAUGGCCAUCGAAGACAACCUUAUUGCUUUUAUAUAGUACCUUCUCUGACCUUAAUACUGGUGUAUUAAUCAACGAUCUCUGUGAGAUACUGACAUGUAGAAUGACAUUUUCAUAUUGAAAAGUAACUGUUUCGUCUUGUAUACUAAAAAUUGUGCAUGUUAAUAAUUGUUUGUGGGUUUGUGUUGGAUUUUUUUUUUCUAAAAUUAUAACUUAAUAAAAAUGUUCAUUCCA